AGUUCAGGAGAUCAGAGGAGGCAGAGCAGCAGUCGCCUCCUCUUCUGGGAAACCAGAUGAACCUCUUCAAAGUGAUAAUGUAAACAGCUCUGCAGCAACUGGUGGAACUGAGGGAGUUUGGGGCAAAACGUGAGGAAUUCUCCGGCAGGAGAAGUGUGAGGGGAAAAAAACCACCGGCAGUAUCCCAGACAAAGAGCGAGGAGGAGGAGGAGGCCGCAAGGUGAGGCGAUGAGUGCUGUGGAGGUGAGGCCGUCCCCGGGGUCCCUGACCCUGCCCCUGUCCAGCAGCGACCCCAAGGAGCGCUACCUGGCACACCUGGAGGAGAGGACCAUGUCCCCGGACCUGAGGGAGGACUUCAACAUGAUGGGGCAGAAGAAGAGGGUCACGCAGAUCCUGCAGAGUCCAGUGUUUAAAGACGAGCUGGAAGGCCUGAUCCAGGACCAGAUGACGAAAGGCGACAACCCCACAGGUCUCCUGGCCCUGAGGCAGAUCGCAGACCUGGUCAUGGCCAGCACCUUGGGAGGGGUGGGCCCUUUGACCUCGCCCGUCAGCCUCGGGAUGGUGAGUCCCAUCAACGACUUGUACGGCAUCGAGUCGGCCUCGUUUGCUAAGGGGGAGAAACUGGGUCGCUGCAGGCUGGCCAGCCUCUACCGGCUUGUUGACCUGUUCAGCUGGGCUCGUUUUACAAGCUCCUACAUCACCGUGCGUGUCAGUACAGAGCAGGACCAUAUUCUUAUCAGUCCACGAGGUCUGUCUUUCGCUGAGGUCACGGCAGCGAAUUUGGUGAAGGUGAACAUAAUCGGUGAAGUGGUGGACCAGGGUUGCACCGAUCUGGCGAUUGACCACUUUGGAUUUACGCCUCACGCUGCCAUUUACUCCAUGCGCCCGAACAUGAGAUGCAUCAUCCACAUCCACUCCCCUGCCACGGCUGCUGUGUCCUCGAUGAAAUGUGGAAUCCUGCCCAUUUCCCAGGAGGCUUUGCUUCUGGGAGACGUGAGCUGCUUCGGUUACCAUGGCAGCCUGGAUAAUAAAGAGGAGAAGGUGGAGUUUCAGAAAGCUCUGGGCCCAACUGCCAAGGUGAUGAUCCUGAGAAACCACGGGCUGCUCGCUAUGGGAGAAACAGUCGAAGAAGCUUUUCACUACGUGUACCAUGCACAGCAAGCCUGUGAAAUCCAGGUGAGUGCGUUGGGCUGUUCCUGCGGCGUGGACAACCUCCUGCUGCUCGACCGCGAGAAGUUCAAACCCCUGACCCACCGAGUGGCCGCUGCCGGGAUUGUGAUGGACCGUGAGGUCAAGUGGAAAGUGGGCGAGGCCAAGUUCGAGUCCCUCAUGAGGAUGCUGGACAACCUGGGAUACAGAACAGGCUACGCUUACAAGAACCCCAUAGUCCGUGAAAAGCCGCGCUCCAAGAACGACGUGGAGAGCCCUGCCACGGUGUCGGCUGUUUCCCUGGAGGACGGCGAGCGCAGCCCCUUCAAGUUUAUGGCGCACAAACAGCAGAGAGAACGCACCCGUUGGCUCAACUCGCCCAACAGCUACUUGAGGGUCAAUGUUCCUGAACAUUCGCCCAGCGGGGACGUCAGCCCCAGGACCAAAACCACGUGGAUGAAGUCUUCACAGCCAGGCAACAGCGUGGGCACCUCGAUAAAGAUUGAGGACCCCAACCAGUUUGUCCCACUCAACACUAAUCCCACAGAGGUGCAGGAUAAGAGGAACCGGAUAAAGGAGCAGCACCGAGGGGACCAGAUGACCUCCGGACCAAAGUCUCAGUUACUAGCAGACAUUGUUGUGGACACCAUCCCAGGACCAGCCUUCAUCGUUGAGGAUGAGGAGCACACCCGCUCGCUGCCUCCCAACCCCUUCAGUGAUCUGUCGGAGAAGGUGCUGGAGGAGUACAAGAGCCUGGUGGAGAGAAGGCAGCAAGGACAAGAAGAAGAUGAUGAUGCCACUGACGCAGAUGAGAUGACCACGUUUGAUGGCUCCACCAUCUCCCUCUCCAUCUCCCCCUUAAUGACGCCAGUCAAACAAGACUCAAUACCCAACGGGAAAGACCACUUGUCAGAGCUGGAGGAGGAUCUGAGCCUCGAGGUAUCCAAGCUGAGUGUGAGCUCAGUGGAAAUCUCCAUAACGACAAAGGAGAAGAUGGGGGACGGAGCUCAGACCCCGGAGAGCCAAAGCAAGUCGCCCAUGAAAAAGAAGAAGAAGUUCCGUACGCCGUCAUUCUUGAGAAAGAGCAAGAAGAAGAAGGAGGAGAAAGAAAAAACAGAAGCCUGAGUCUUCACUGUAAAAUAUGUGUCUUGUUCGGAUAGGGUCUGAAUUGCCUUCUUAAUUUUCAAGUGAAAUAGGAGAAAUGACUAUUAUUGAGUCAGGAAAUCUUCCCUCAUCCACAGCUAUUAUUAUAUCACAUGAUUUUGUUUGUUUUUAAUGUGAGAAUUUGUGAUUGACCACUCCUGAAGGGCUCUGCAAAAAGAAAACCAACAGAAGAAGAAUGCUUAUCUUCAUAUCGUUUUUAUGUUACUACCCAUAUUUUUAAUGGGUUAAAAAAAACAGGUAUCGUAGGACACAAGGUUUUUGAACGCUGCAGAUUUGGGGCCUUUUAUUAGUUUUUCUCUUUGCACAUGUUCAUUGUUGAAUGUAUACUGAAAGCUAACAAGAAAUUGUCUAACAAUUUUAAAAUAAUGUAAUAAUCACACUUUUUGUGUAACAGUGGCUGGAUAUACUAAGACUAUACAACAUUUAGCCUUAUAAGAAGUACGAUUUCUAUCUGAACAUACUCAUAGCUAUACUAUCUUGUAAUAAUACAUGUGUUUAUAUUACAGGUAUUACAGUAGUGUUUUGAUAGGUGAAUAAAUGAUUUGAAAGUCUUUACAUAUUUACAUUAUAAACUAACUCGUACUAAACAUGCUGUGAUUGAAGAUACAGUAAUAAUCCAAGUUCUUGUACGUCGGUGGUGUUGUUGCCAUGGUUGCUGCUUUAUUGUAAAAGUGAUGAGGAGUUGACUGACAGACGGGAGGAGCUCUGCAAAGUAAGGCUUGAUGUGUGUGAGUGAUAAUAUUACAGAAGAGACAGAUAAUCACUGCUCGUUCGGACACUGUCUUGAAAGUGCCAAGUCUGAAUCACAGAACGUUGAAUGUGACGGAUGCUUUUUUUCAUUUUUAUUUUUGUCCGAAUAGUCAAUUGAUGGUGAUUCGCCGUAAAAAGCUUUUUCUUCGUAGCCACUGUCAAGAGUUUGAUAUAAAGUAUAAUUAGAGGACUCUAAAUAUAUUUACAUCCCAGUCAAUAAUGUGAAUGAUCUGUUUUUGACCCAAGGGGAGUGAACUCUUUGCCUUUGUAAAUAGUUUGUUUUUGUGACGCUACACCAAAUGUUCAAAACAUAGAAAUGUGACAGUACAAUCUAAUUACAAAACCUAACUCGUCUUCUUUUUUUUUUUUUUUUUAUCAUGUUUUUAUUUUAUCCACCCUAAUUAAGCUCCUUAUUGACUGAACACGCACUGCGAGUUGUGUUUACGAGCCGUGUUGUGUAACGUGUGUGCCUGGUGCUUGUAUUUCCUCUGUUUACGACCUGUUUUUUCUUUCUUUACAUGACCGUCACCUUGUCGCAAAGUCAGUUCUUCUAAAACUGCCAUUCAACACUAAGCUGGGACGUGUUUCCAUCACUCUAUUAUUGCUUAUUGAAACAAAUAUUUGAUGUUAUUGCCACCUAUAUCCACUCAAACAUACUUUUGAACGCAAGCAGGUUUUUGACGUUGUUGUGUACUUUGCAUUUAUUUCACACGCUACAUUUCAUUCUGCUCUGCUGUGUGUUUAGAUGAUUAUAUCCAUUUCUAACAAACGCGAGUAUGAAAUAAAAGCUUUCUAGAUAA